GAGGACGGCAAGAUGGCAGCCUCCGAGACGGUUAGGUUACGGCUUCAAUUCGAUUAUCCGCCGCCAGCCACUCCACACUGUACAACCUUCUGGCUUCUGGUCGACCUGAACAGAUGCCGAGUCGUCACGGAUCUCAUCAGCCUCAUCCGCCAGCGCUUCGGCUUCAGUUCGGGGGCCCUCCUGGGCCUCUACCUGGAAGGGGGGCUCCUGCCCCCGACGGAGAGCGCGCGCCUGGUGAGGGACAACGACUGCCUGAGAGUUAAAUUGGAAGAGAGAGGAGUUGCUGAGAAUUCUAUAGCAGUCAGCAAUGGUGAUAGCACUAAUUUAUUACCUAGAAAAGCAAAGAAGCGGGCAUUUAAGUUGGAGGAGGAUGAAGAAGCUGACAUGGGUAGCAGGUAUUCAAAGAAGCAUUGGAAAAGUCAAGAGAACAGUAACAAUAAUGAGAAAGCCUUGGUUCUGCACACAAAAGCUGUCACAGAUCAGGCUGUGAGGACAAAAAAGAAGAGAAAGAAGAAAACAACGUGUGUCACAGUGGACAAUGAAGAAGACACCAAAAGGAAAUCGCCAAAGAAAAAGGAAAAGUGUGAAUAUAAAAAGCAGACCAAGAGUCCCAAGUCUCUGAGAGUGCAGGUGGCGAAAGAGUGGCGCACCCGGAACUGCAGUCCUCCAAAGAGUCCUGCUAAAAACAGCCUGGUGAAGGCCAGAAGGAAAGGUGGUGCAGGCACUGCUUCCAAAGACAUUCCCACUUCCUCCUCGGAGUCAGAGUCCAUCCAUGAAUCCAUCAGCGAUGGGCUCAGCAAUGCCCCCUCGGAUGUCAGAAAUUCCUCAGAGACAGCAGCCACUGAGUUAGCGAAAGAAGAAUCCUCUACCAAAAACGUCCCUGCAACCAAACUGCCUGCCAAAGGUGGCUUUAGUCUCACUCCAAGCCAAGGCAAGGCCACCAGAACAUCAUCCUCUAGUUCAGACUCCAGUUCGGACUCGGAUGACCAGCGUGUGUUGUCUAAGAGCACCUCAGAGGGUGCUGUAGGCUUCUUCAAGACAGCUGGCCUCUUUCCAGCCAAAGUCUGCCCAGGGCCAGGACUGUCCUCGCAGGUGCCAAGUGCUGCCGGAUGGAAGUUUUCCGACCUAGGUGGUGGCAGGCAGGCUCCUGGUCCUCCUUCCAUCGCCAGUCUCUCCACUGGUCUAGGAAGAGGAUGGGGUCGAGGAGAGGACCUUCUUUCUUUGAAGGGAGCCAGGGGUCGGGGCAUGCGGGGCCGGGGGCGGGGACGAGGGCAUGCUGUGUCAAGCGUUUUAAACAGAAAUGCUGACUGUCAGAAGCAGAGGCAGUUGAAUGAAAUAGUAACAAACUCAUCAACUUUUAUCCAGAAUCCAGUAGAGACACACAAGAAGGAUUACAGUCUGUUACCACUCUUAGCAGCUGCCCCGCAGGUUGGAGAAAAGAUUGCAUUUAAGCUUUUGGAAUUAACAUCCAAUUAUUCUCCCGAUGUCUCUGACUACAAGGAAGGAAAAAUAUUAAGCCACAAUCCAGAGACCGAGCAAGUAGACAUAGAAAUUCUUUCAUCCUUACCUGCCCUAAAGGAACCUGGGAAAUUCGAUCUGGUUUAUCACAAUGAAAAUGGCACUGAGGUGGUGGAGUAUGCUGUGACGCAGGAAAAGAAGAUCACUGUUUUUUGGAGAGAGUUAAUUGAUCCAAGACUGAUUAUUGAACCUGCAAGUAAUACCUUGCGUUAAGGACUCGUCAGAGUACAACUGUUCCAGUCUUAGUUUGUAAAUGUCUUGUCUGUGAAAGUGGCUAUAACCUGAAAUUUUAAAAACAAAAAAAAAAUAAGGAUUUGAAAGUUGUAUGGGUUUUUGUGUUAUCUUCACUGCAUAGGAAAAAAAUCUACCUCAUCAUCUGAGAAACAUGGGUAUUGGUUUUGUAGGCUUUCCUUCUUCUCCUCCUCCUCCUUUUCCUCCUUCUUGUUCAGGUUAAUUCCAGUUAACAAAAUUCAAAACAGGACAUUCCAUGCAGGCAUUGUGGAUACCAAUGUUUAUGACUUUGUAUUUUUUGGGCCGUCAACUAGCAACCAUCGGUAGGAGUUAGUAAUAUCAAGUACAAGACAGUGCUGCAUAUCUUGUCUCAGUAAGUUUUAUUCAGUAACAUUCUAAAGCACUAAAGCAUGUUACCUGACCUAAUUUUUAAAAAUAUUUGAGUUCCAUUAAAUGUGGAAUAACUUAUAAAUUCCAAGUAUACUGUACUUGAAAUGGUUGAGAAUGAACAGUUAGUUAAGGACAAUGUGUUAAAGAAUCCUUCCACACCUUUCCCAGUACUAAAGUGAAGGAUUCUCUAGCCCCUGUGUAGGGCCACAAAGCCAAGACCUCUUGCUCAUGCCUGGAGAACAGGCUGUGCUUGUGAGAGAGCAUGCGCCAUCAGCUACAGGGCAGGCGGCAGGCUCUCACACAGCAAGAGGCCGAGCCUCUGGCUCCCGUGCUGCAGCAAGCACCAGACAAAGAAACAUCCUUUUCUGUUACUAUUCAACACAGAGCUUAAAAAGGCUGAAUAUAUGCUGUAAAAAUCGCUUUCUUCUAUCAAAAGAUCAUAUCCCUCCUUCAGCUUUGCAAAUUUUUAAAUAAAAUCAUCUCAAACUGAAA